AUGCUGGAUGAAUCAUCUUCCUCGACUCGAGGUUCUGUUCGAGGUGCAUCAUAUCUGGUCAGAGGGUCAUGGGAAGGAAAGCAGGUCCUUGUGAAGAAACUAUUACCCGAAUGUCGUCAACAUAUUCUGUCACGAUAUGCCUCAUCGUGGCACGAUCUCAAGCACCCGAACAUGUUAAGCGUCUGUGGGGUAUCUCAAAGCUCUGAAGAACCUCUAUUCAUCGUCUUGCCUUACCAUGAGAAUGGAAACCUCCAAGCAUGGAUUGCAUCGCAAGAUGGAGUUGACCGGAAUCGGCUGAUCCUGGAUGUCGCUCUUGGGAUGCAAUAUCUUCACGCGCGACAAAUGGUUCACGGCUCACUCAUGCCUUGCAAUAUCCUCAUCAAUGGGUACAGACGUGCUUGCCUCUCUGACUAUACCAUGCUGCAGCUUCAGCCGAGCCGAAAUAACAAUGCACAUAGGUACUACAGUCCAGAAGCUUGGAAAGGGAUGACCUCCCAGCCAUCCGAUGUCUUCGCCUUUGCGAUAUGUGCUUUCGAGCUAUUUGCAUCUUCUAUACCAUGGGGUGUUCUCACCGAGCAGCGGAUAUACCGCCUAGUGGUACUAGAAGACGCGCGACCUGACCGUCCUGAUGACCAAACCUGUAGGAGGUAUGGAUUGAGUGACAGGAUAUGGAGCAUAAUAGAGGAAGCAUGGCACAAGGAGUCGCGGUUGAGACCAACGUUCGACAUCAUAUUGAGGUUGUGGCAGGACGAGGUUGUGGACUCGCCUACCACCAAUCUGGAUCCUGCAAUGACUUUCGAUAUCAUGGACAGAAAAUCUCAUCGAGCUAGCCAGCAGACUACCGCAUCCGUGUACAUGCCUAUCUCGCUGGGCCUCCUGCUUAUACGGAUGUUACUGAUGUUCUGGAAUUUGAAGCAUCGCCAGGGUAUGAUGAUUAUACGCAAGUCACUAGUUUACCGAAUCCACCUAGUGACCUUCAACCGGCAAUCCACGAGGCUUCCGUUUCGCCUGUUCAAGUGCAUAAUACCCUAA